CGAAACCUACAAGAAGCUCUCUCGGUCUGCUUUUGCAAAAUGUCAUGCUCUAUGGAAUAAAACCAGCAGGUCAACCAUGGCUCAUGAAACAGUGGAACGAGAAUGCAAGCUGCAGUUUCUCCGACCGAAUCAGACACGCUGGAGCUCCCUGUUCCUCGCUGUAGAAAGGAUUGUGCGCAUUCACCGAGAGCAAGGAGAACAAGCAAUUCGCAAUGUUUGCACAGCAUUAAAGAUAAAGAUGUUCAAUCCAGCUGAAAUGGGGUUUUUGGUCGAGUAUGCUGCUGUGAUGAAGCCUGUUGCCAUGGCCCUUAAUAUCCUCCAAGGGGAAUCAUCUGCGCAUAUGGGCCUCCUGCUGCCAACACUUUACCAGUUGCGGGACAAGCUGAAGAGGUUGGAGUCAUCUUGUAAAAUGUGUACAUCUCUUGUUCACACCCUGCAGCAAGGGAUCCAGAAACGUUUUGGAGACGUCAUGAAAGAGCCUGAGCUGAUUGCAGCAGCAAUACUCCUACCAAGAUUCAGAACAUCCUGGACCACAGAGGAGAACAUCUUAGAUGCUGGCCUUGAUUACAUCAGAAAUCACCUCGACACCGACUUGGAUGAUAUCACCAGCACAAACAGCAGCCUCUCUGAUGAAGACGACUUCUUUGCAUCCAUGGAGUUGGGAAAAUCACAAGUAGGAGAGCUGGAGAGGUACCUUUCAUGUAUGUCCCCUGCAGGUAUGGAUCUACUCCACUCCUUUCCUCACAUCAAGAAGCUGUCACUCAAACUCAACACAGGUCUUCCUGCAUCUGCAGCCUGUGAGAGACUUUUCAGUCAUGCAGGACUCCUGUUCACUGCUAAACGAUCACAGCUUCACAGCAAGAACCUUGAGAGCCAACUACUGUUGAAGCUUAAUAGUGACAUCACCGAGUAAUUCUUUUGUGAAGUUGUUUGUUUCUGCAUGUUUUGUCACAAACACACACACACACUCUCUCUCACACACAUGCUCUCUCACACACACACACGCUCUCUCUCACUCACUCACACACUCACACACUUUAACAAUUUAAGUUCACUCAAAAAAAGUUGUUGUGAAGUUGUUUGUUUCUGCAUGUUUUGUCACACACACACAAAAACACACACACACUCUCUCUCUCUCUCUCUCUCACACACACGCUCUCUCUAACACACACGCUCUCUCUAACACACACUUUAACAAUUUAAGUUCACUCAAAAGAAGUUGUUGUGAAGUUGUUUGU